CUCCGAUAGAAUUUACACUCGUCACUCUCACGAAGCGAACCGAGGCGCAAUCACGCCGGUGAUUGGAGCCAUGUCGCCGCGGCCGCACUUCCUCGUGCUCACGUUCCCGCUCCAGGGCCACAUCGCGCCGGCGCUCCGCCUCGCCAGGCACCUGCUGGCCGUCGCGCCGGACACGCUCGUCACGUUCUCCAUCCCCGACGCCGCGCACCGACGCAUGUUCGACGAGGAGCAGGACGGCGGCGGCGGCGACGACGGCCGGCUCGAGCUCCUGCCGUUCUCCGACGGCACGCAGAGCGGGUACGUCCCGGGCGGCGAUGCCGCCGCCCUCAGCGCGUACAUGGCGUCGUUCCACUCCUCGGGGCGGCGCAGCGUCGGGGAGCUCGUCGACGCGCUCGCGGCGCGGGGGCGCCCCGUGUCGUGCGUCGUCUACACGCUCCUCCUGCCGUGGGCGGCCGACGUCGCGCGCGACCGCGGCGUGCCGUCCGCGCUCUACUGGAUCCAGCCCGUCGCCGUGCUCGCCAUCUACUACCACUACUUCCACGGCUACGCCGGCAUCGUCGACGAACACCGCCGCGACCAGUCGUUCGUCCUGGAGCUCCCGGGCCUUCCGCCGCUGCCGGUCGGAGACCUUCCGUCCUUCCUCAUCGAAGCCAGCGACCCCUCCGACUUCUUCCACAGCAUCUUCACCACGUUCCGUGAUCUGUUCGACACCCUCGACAGAGAGAUCCCCAAGGCCACCGUGCUCAUCAACGUGUUCCAAGAGCUCGAGGAGGCAACUCUCCCCGCCGUUGGAGCAUACGACGUGGUCCCCAUCGGCCCGGUGCUCCCGUCCGGCGACGAGGCCGCCCUGUUCAAGCAGGACGACUCCAAGUACAUGGAGUGGCUCGACACCAAGCCGGCCGGCUCCGUGGUAUACGUCGCAUUCGGAAGCCUCACCGUCAUGGCGAAGGGGCAGCUCGACGAGUUGCUCCCGGGCCUCGAGGAGAGCGGGAGGCCGUACCUCUGCGUCGUGCGCAAGGACAACAAGGCGGUGCUCGAGGACGACGAGGCCGCCGUGGCGGCGGGCCACAGGAACGGCAUGGUGGUGGAGUGGUGCGACCAGGUGCGCGUGCUGUCGCACCCGGCGGUGGGGUGCUUCGUAACGCACUGCGGCUGGAACUCGGUGCUGGAGAGCAUCGCGUGCGGCGUGCCCAUGGUGGGCGUCCCGCGGAUGUCCGAGCAGCAGAUGAACGCGCGGCUCGUCGAGCGUGAGUGGCGCGUCGGCGCGCGCGCUGAGGUUGACGGCGGCGGCGUGCUGCGCGCCGCGGAGCUGCGGCGGCGCGUCGAGGAGGUGAUGGGAUCGGAGGGGGAGGGGGAGGCGGCGGCGGAGGUGCGGCGCACCGCGGCGGCGUGGAAGCGAACCGUUGAGGAGGCUCUAGGGAAAGGAGGGUCGUCGGAUCGUAAUCUGACGGCCUUCGUGGAAAGUGCCAGAAGUGGCAGUAGAAAAUGAGCUGCAUCUGCAUAGCUUUACAAGAUGUAUUCCAAGUAUCCAACGAUUCCAAAAUAUACUGUUCCUUUCUUCAGAUUUUGUCCAAAAUUUUCCUCUAUGGUUAUGUGCACGCUUGAGGAAAAGAUGUACAAUAAUUGUGCAUGCUCUUAUUUACA